UUCUCUUAAAUACAUUCUACUAUCUAUAUACACAAACAUGUUUUGUGGAGCAAAUAUCAGCAACAUUUUAUGUUCAACUCUUUGCAUGCUGUUCAUUUUAUCAUGCUCUGCAUUCACCUCACAAGAUUACGAAAAUGCCCUCGAAAAAUCAAUCAUUUUCUUUGAGGGGCAGAGGUCAGGUAGAUUACCACACAACCAGAGCCGUCUACCAUGGAGGGGCGAUUCAGGGCUAUCCGAUGGCUCCGGCUACCAUGUUGAUCUUGUUGGAGGUUAUUAUGAUGCAGGGGACAAUGUGAAGUUUGGAUUGCCAAUGGCUUUUACGACGACGCUACUUUCAUGGAGUGUGAUUGAAUUCGGAAACUCAAUGAAGAAUCAGCUCAACAGUGCUAAGGAUGCUGUUCGUUGGGGUACAGAUUAUCUUUUAAAAGCAGCCAUUGCCACACCUGAUGCCUUAUACAUACAAGUGGGGGACCCGAACAACGAUCACCGUUGCUGGGAAAGAGCAGAGGAUAUGGACACAACACGAAAUGUGUACAAAGUUUCUUCUGAAAAUCCAGGUUCUGAUGUUGCUGCAGAGACUGCUGCUGCAUUAGCAGCCGCUUCCAUCGUUUUCAAAGACUCCGAUCCUUCUUAUUCCACUAAAUUGCUUCAAACUGCAAUCCAGGUGUUUGAUUUUGCAAACAGGUAUAAAGGGUCUUACAGUGACUCUCUUGGUUCAGUGGUCUGUCCAUUUUACUGCUCAUACUCUGGAUACCAUGAUGAGCUUUUGUGGGCAGCAUCAUGGCUUCACAGAGCUUCAGAAAAUGAGUCAUAUUUGACUUACAUUCAGUCCAACGGCCACACACUCGGAGCCGAUGAAGAUGAUUUCUCCUUCAGUUGGGACGAUAAACGAGCCGGAACUAAAAUCUUGCUCUCCAAGGGAUUCCUAGAGGAUAAUAUUGAAGAUUUUCAGUUAUACAAAGCACAUUCAGACAAUUAUAUAUGCUCACUAGCUCCAGGAUCACCUAAUUUCCAGGCUCAGUAUACCCCAGGGGGGCUUCUCUACAAAGGAAGUGAAAGCAAUCUCCAAUACGUAACGACAUCGAGCUUUCUGUUGCUUGCCUACGCCAAAUACUUGAGCAGCUCACAAGGAGGAGAAGCCGCGUGCGGUGGUGGCGGGACUUCAACAAUAACUUCAGACAAGCUUGUUUCCCUUGCAAGAAAGCAGGUGGAUUACAUACUUGGAAAUAAUCCUGCAAAAAUGUCUUACAUGGUUGGAUUCGGACAGAGAUAUCCACAACAUGUUCACCACAGAGGUUCAUCUUUACCGUCAGUACAUGCACACCCGGCUCACAUUAGCUGCGGUGACGGAUUUCAGUACCUUAACUCAAGAUCGCCUAAUCCUAAUAUUCUUGUCGGAGCUGUCUUAGGUGGUCCCGAUAAUCGAGAUAAUUUUGCGGAUGAUAGGAAUAACUAUCAGCAAUCUGAGCCUGCAACUUACAUCAAUGCUCCAUUUGUUGGAGCCCUCGCUUUCUUCUCCGACCAAUCAGCACAACUCGUCUGAUAUAUAUUGUCUAUGUAAUAUAAUUUGCAUUGGAAAUGAGUAACAAGGUGGCAUUUAUAAUAUACAAACUUUACCAAAUUAAUAUGUAAGUUAUAUCUCAAAGAUCAGUUUUAUUUAUAUACCUAUUUGACAUGUCA